GAUGGUGGAUUUGAAGUGAGGAAUGAUCGUGGGGACGGAGACUAUGCUCCGGGGGAACGAGUCGUCAUGGAAGCUGGAGACACAGUGUGUUGAGAAACUGCUACAUCGAUUGAAGGACGAGAAGAACGUCAUAAUCGCAGAGGUUGUGCAUGAUGAUUGUGGCGCGGUUGACCUCAUAUUGCGGCGAAUGAACAUUGACUCACAAAAGUGUAUGUGGCAUAAGGCGAAGACUUUGGUCAAACGCUUGCAAGAGGCUGUGCGCGGCACGAAGACUGUCAAACCAGCUGCAGUCGGGGCUUGCGAGCAUGUGCGCGAGGUGAAGUGUUUCACAAAGAAGGAGCUCGAACUUUGGCUCGAAUCAAAAUGUGUACACGUGGCAGGGGUGUCCACGAGAAAAAAUGAUGAACUCGUUGAGAUUGUUUGGGGCGUGCUCUUCCCUGACGAAGCAGGGAAAGCGUUGCCAGAUGAUGUCGUCGAGAUCGACGUGUUGCAAACACUGCACUGCAAUGCUGCGCGAGCGAAGGAGUGGUUGUACGACGUUUGCAGGCUGCGCGAGCGUGCAAAGGAUGACGAUGGCGAUGUGUUGGCCACUCAUGUGCAACACCUCACCGAUCAUUGGGCCUGGGAUCACUCCCGUUGCGAUAAGGAGUUGUCCAACCUGUGCAAAGCGGCCGGGGGUCCGGACAGGGAUCCAUUGUACGAGGCGGGGGGGCGUGUUCAUUUCGUCGUCGCACACUGUCUUCAACAGUUCGCUUCGAAUACGAAAAUGGCGUACUACACACGUGCGAGGAUGACCUUCAACAACGAGUGCUUCCACUCCGUGAUCAACAAGUACACAACGAAACGCUUGAACUUCCCCAAGUCGUAUGAGGCGCGAGUGUGUUGCACCGCUUUGGAGUUGAACAAAAACAAACGAAUCAGGCGAUUACGAAUGGUCUUCCGCAAACCAACAAACGUAACCCAUCGACGUUGUUCGACACGACAGCAUAUAUACGCCGCACGGGAUACGUCGUGGCGCUUCGACAUUGCAACUGCAGUUUUUGGCAGCCCUCGGGUCGGAGAUUUGGCACGUAACAUGUUGCAGCAAUCGUACGUCGACGACCCAGUUAUUGAGCAUUAUGAUGAGGAAGCCGAGUAUGGACUCCCUGAUGUCGUUGAGAGUGCGGUGGAGGGUGUUGUGGUCGAAGGUGACAAUGUUUUCGUUGAGGCGGGAAGCGAAAGUGCUUCAGAUGACGAAAAUUCGUCUUCCGACUCCGACACCGAUGGUGCCGCUCACCUCCUCGACUUUGACGGCACCGUUCUUUCACAGGAGUUCGCAUAUGCGAUGAGCGCAGUGGGCGGACAAGGCCUGGAGGGCACUGCUCCGGAGGCUUUGCAAGCUGUGGUGGCCGGUCAGGCCCCCUUGACUUAUACUGUGACUGGACAGGGUAGUGGGACCACUCGGGGCGGCGAGGUGGUACUUCAGCCCGGCGCGAAGAUGGGAACGACUGCCACGUGGAGGACGAUGCAUGCAGAGGUGGCAGGGGGGAAUGCCAGCUCAGCUUCGAAAUCAGCGGCGACAGGAUCGCCCUCGUUGGUCUCUUCGACGAAGGGUCGAUCGUUAUCGCCGGCCUUUCUGGGUCCAUCGGCCACUGCCGAGCAAUCAGAGGGCGCCACGUGGCAGCAGCAGCGGCAGCAGCAGCAGCAGCAUCUGGCGGCGGUUUCAGGAGCGGGUUGUUGCGCGCUUGAAAGCGCGGGAAGGGCGGCACCGAUCGCGCGGGAACGAGAGAUUUCGCGCGGCUGUCAUGCAGGGGAAUGCAGCGGGCGGGGCGCGGGGCAACUUUUCGCCGCCGACGUCUAUGGUGAUGAAGACACGCGGAAGGUGCGCGGCUUUUUUACUCUGUCGCCGGGUCAGUCGGGCCGCAGCGGACGAACGGCGGCCUCCGCGCGCCGCUUUGCCACGUGGCAUUCAGCCAGUACUGCGAAGCAGAGCAGUGAUGACGUGGCGGACUGCUAUCCGAGUUCUAUGGCAGGCCUUGAGGAGAUGACAGAGCGGACACGUGUCCUCGCGGAGGGCGUUCUUUCUGGAAACCACAUGCAUCUUAGCCGUGCUAUCACUCUCUGCGAAUCCUGGCGCAGUGAUGAUCGAGCUCAGGGAACUGCUCUUCUGCAGUAUCUUAUGGGAAAAAGUGAAGACGUACGGAACGGGAAGAUGUUCAGGAUAGGACUGACAGGUCCACCGGGAUCAGGAAAAUCCAGCCUGAUCGAGAAGUUAGGCUCGUGUGCAAUCAAGCACGGGCAGAAGGUGGCUGUGCUUGCUGUGGACCCUUCCUCCGAUGUAAGCGGCGGUUCGAUCCUUGGAGACAAGACAAGGAUGGAGGCUCUGUCUCGGGAUCCCAACGCAUUUGUCAGGCCCAGCCCGAGUCGCGGCCUUGUGGGCGGGAUCGCUCUCAACACUGCUGACGCUGCUGUUCUGUGCGAGGCUGCAGGUUUCAGCAUGUUGAUGGUGGAGACAGUUGGCGGGGGUCAGAGUGACACUGCCGUGGCGGAGCUUGUGGAUAUGUUGGUGCUAGUUCUUCCCCCAUCAGGGGGGGACGAGCUUCAAGGACUGAAGAAAGGGAUAGUGGAGGUGGCAGAUCUACUGGUUGUGAACAAAGCAGAUGGUGAAACUGCAAAAGCCGCCCUCGCAACUGUUCGGGAGUACAAAAGCGCGUUACAUUUCUUAAGGCCAUCCUCAGACACAUGGGUUCCUCCGGUUAUUGCAGCCAGUACCAGGACACGAGAAGGUAUUGAAGAUCUGCUGAAAAGUGCUUUGGAUUUCCGAGCGAAAAUGACGGCGUCGGGUGAACUAGAAGCUCGCCAGAGAGAACAGAGCAAUAAGUUGAUGUGGAGAAAUGUGAGGCACAUGAUAGCAGAGAGGUUACGGCAGGAUGAGUAUCUGCGAACGCUUGCAGAUGAUGUCGGACGGCGUGUGAGGAACAAAGUGCUUGCACCACGGGCAGCAGCCACCGCCAUCACUCAGAGCUUUUUCCAGCGCAUAGCAUCCAGUUGAUGGGUUUGUAUUACUAUUUUACCAUUUGGGAGAAGGAACGUUUAUUGGGCUUGGCUUCUUGUCCGUUUAGGGUUGCAAACCUGCAUUUUGGGCGGUGGAGGCGCCUUGAGAAGAGAAGGUUGUGGUGGGAAAGAUGUCAUCAUGGAAUUAAGCACCAGGCAAGUUGCGAUGCAAUUCGCUCUCACCAUCCAAACCGGAUACCGCUUCUUCCUAUCACGCAUGUGCGCAAAGCUUUUGGAUACUUUUCUGCACCAGCAGGUGUUUAAUAGCAAAUGUAUGAAUACCAUCUCUUAUUCUCUCGGACACGGAAUGGUUCCAACUUCCAACGAAUCGUAAAUGCAAUCCCGUCC